AUGCGUCUCGGCGCCGCUGUGCCUGUGGAUGCAUCACACAGCAUGCUGGGCUACAACUACCUCACAGGCACGCUGCCCAAGCCGCUGGCGGCACUCAAGGCGCUCGACACGGAGCGCAACUUCCUCUCGGGCACCUUCCCCACCGCCUCGCUUGCCUACUGCUCCGCGCGCGGCAACUGCUUCCUCGACGCCACUGCCUGCUUCAGCAUUGACGAGGUGGACCAGAGGGGCGCGGGCUGCAACAUGUGCGGGUCGAGCAACGGGCAGCUGCCGAUGUGUGGCAGGGCCAUGUGCACGCCAGACCCCUCGGCAUACGUGGCGUCCGAAGUGCCCAACAGCGGCACCGCGCCCACCCUCGCCCUCAAGUGCCCGGCUCUUCCUCUUGAUGCCACCUCCUCGGCGGCGUUGCUGAACAUAGGGGCGGCGCUGGGAGUGACGCACACGGACUGGAGCGCCAGCAGCGGCUGCAAAAUCAUCGGGCAGGCCAUCGCCCCCAAGUCCUGGCCGGGCGUCUUGUGCAGCGGCAGCGGCGCCGUCGUCUCCCUUGUUGUGAACAACUUGAACCUGCGGGGAACCAUCCAUGCAGACAUGACCAAACUCUCCAGCCUCACCUACCUGCAUGUGGGGUACAAUCUGCUGUACGGUCGUCUCGCCACCUUCGUCUCCAACAUCACGCCGCUCACCGCCAUUGUCACUCUGUGCGUCCCCUUUCGCCCCUCUCCUCGCCCUCCCACCCUCCUCUCACAUUCUCGCCUCACUGCUGCAUUCUGCACUCCUCUCACAUCCCUUGCUCUGUCUCUGCAGUCCCCUCGCUCUGUCUCUGCAGUCCCCUCGCUCUGUCUCUGCAGUCCCCUCGCUCUGUCUCUGCAGUCCCCUCGCUCUGUCUCUGCAGUCCCCUCGCUCUGUCUCUGCAGUCCCCUCGCUCUAUCUCUGCAGUCCCCUCGCUCUGUCUCUGCAGGCCCCUCGCUCUGUAUCUGCAUGUCAUUCUUCCUUCUUGCCUUGGCCCUUGAUGCCGCUGCCCCCCCCAACCUCAACUUCAACUACCUCUACGACAGCGUGCCCUCCACUCUGCUCAACAUGCCGUCCCUCACCAAAAUGUCAGCCAUAGGCCUUCCAUCCACUCACGUGCCGUCCAUCCCCUUUCAUUCCCCCACACAGCCGGCUGAGUGCCAACUACCUGACGGGCACGCUGCCAGCUGUGCCCACCAAGCUCAAGUACCUGGCCGUCAACCACAACUUCUUCGCGGCCCCUUCCCCUCGCAAGCCUUCCAGUUCUGUGACAUCCGCAGCAACUGCUUCUAUGGGCUUGGCACGUGCACCAACCCCAACGGCGUGGGCCAGCGCUCCUCUGACUGCGCCAUCUGCGCCACCACCAACGCCACCCCGCCCCUCUGCGGCGGCGCUCCCUGCGUUCUCAACGCCACAGCCGCCCUGGCGGCUGGCACUGUCAACAGCCUCGGCGCCACCCCUCAGCCGUUCUACUGCGGCCCCGCCCCCAUCGACCCCACUGCCGCGCAAGCGCUGCUGGUGCUGAGGGCGGCGCUGGGAGUGACGGAGACGACCUGGCUGGUGGACUCGCCGUGCGACGUGGCGGGCAACCCGCCCAUGCCCGGCAGCUGGGCGGGUGUCGGCUGCGACACCACCGGCCAAGUCCUCACCCUGUCAGUGCCGCUCGCCCUGCAUGCCCUUGCACCGCAUUGCCCCAUGCAAACACGUCCAUCCUUUCCUGACCCACCCUCAUUUCUUGCUCUUCCUAACUGCUGUCCCCAUCCCCCCGGCAAUCGCAGCAACAUGGCGUCCAACCUGUUGGAGGCACGCCUGGGCGAGUGGGCCACGGCGCUCUCCACCCUCAAGGCACUCAAGCACCUCAACCUACAAUUCAACUACCUCACCGGCAGCAUCACGGGCGUCCCAACAGCGGCCUUCAAGACGAUCAACGUGGCGUCCAACAUCCUGGCAGGCUCCUUCCCAGCAUCCUCCACCACCAUGUGUGACGCGCGCAACAACUGCCUGCUCGACGCCUCCAAGUGUGUCUCCUCGGGCUCCUCUGCGCAGCGCGCUGCUGCCGCCUGCACCAUCUGCGGUGGCAGCGCCUCCACGGUGCUGUGCGGUGGGGGGGUGUGCGCGCCCAACACCGCCACGCCGCUCGCCACCAAGACGCCCAACAGCGCCUCCGUUGCCGUGCUGCCGCUCGUCUGCACUGGCGUCCGCGUUGACCCCGCUGCCCUGCCGAUCCUGGCGAACAUGAAGACGGCGCUGGGAGUGCCGCACCAAGGGUGGGGCGUGCAGACGCUGUGCUGUGUGACCAAUCAGCUGAGGGGGCCGGACGACAUGUCGGGCGUCUACUGCAGUGAGCAGGGCACCGUGUGCCGCCCACCCGCUCCUUCCACACUCCCCUGCUCCCACUGCCUCUCCUCGCCACUUGUUCCCACCGCUAAUCUCCCUGCAAGCCCACUGGGAGACUCGCCCGUUGCGCUCAUGCCUGCCACUCACUCCCCACUGCCCCCCUCCCCACUACCCCCCCACAGGGACGUGUCAAGCAACUUCCUGUCUGGCCCCUUGGACCCGUUCAUCUCGCCGCUCACCGGCCUCACCGCACUCAAGAAUCUCAUCAUGAACUACAACUUCUUCUCGGGCUCCAUCCCCUCCGCCAUCUCAGCCAUCAAGAGCCUCACCAUGCUGAGCCUGGGGUGGAACUACCUGACGGGGUCGGUGCCGGUGCUGGGGGCAGCGGUGCAGGUGCUGGAUCUGGAGAACAACUGGCUCAUCGGCAAGUUCCCCGCCACCACCAACUGGCCCAUCUGCACGGCGCGCGCCAACUGCUUCUCCGACCCCACGGCCUGCAAGAACAACAACCAGGGCGUCACGCAGCGCGCCUCAUGUGCCAUCUGCAACAGCGCAGACGGCACGGGCACGCUGUGCAGCAACAACAUCAUCUGCCAGCCCGACCCGGCGGGUGUCAAGGCCUCCACUGCCCUCCGCACCCCCACCACCCCCCUGCUCGCCUUCACCUGCCCCCCUACUCCGCCCGUCACCACGGACGCCACUGCAGCAUCGGCGCUGAUGAACAUCAAGACGGCGCUGGGAGUGACGUACACCAACUGGGCGGCCUCCUCCUCCUCCUGCAGUGUUGCUGGCAGCUUGAGCGCGGGUGGCUUCACGGGCGUUGAGUGUGACUCACUGGGCAACCCCGUCAAGAUCACCCUGGACAGUCAGAAGCUAUCUGGCAUUCUGCAUGCUGACAUCACCAAGCUGACAGCACUCACAUCUAUCUCGCUCAAGUCGAACCUCUUCAGGGCGCGUCUGGAGGAGUUUGGCAGCCGGAUUCCAUCGCUGCCCAACCUCGCAGUGCUCCUGCUCGACUUCAACUGGUUCUUUGGCAGUCUGCCUCCGGCAAUCAUUGGCAUGCCCAAGCUCACACGCCUUGGCCUGUCCUACAACUACCUCACAUACCGUGUGCCGCCGGUGUCAGCAGCGCUCAAGGACAUCGACGUGGGCUUUAACUUCCUCUCGCGCUCCUUCCCUGCCAACACCGCCACGUCAUGCGGCGCCAACAACAACUGCUUCCAGGCCGUCACUGGGUGCACCACCAAGGGCACGGUGCAGCGCAGCACAAGGUGCAGCUUCUGCGAGUCGAGCACGGGGCAGGGCAUGCUGUGCUACGGCUAUGGCGUCUACACCGUCGACGCCUCCGCACCCUUCAACGCCGGCACUCCCAAUUCUGCCGGCGCUGCCACGCUGCCCCUGGCUUGCGUCAACAUGGUGUGCGGCUCCGCGUCACCCGUCCUCUGCCCUUCGGACUGGCGCUGCACCGGGCUGCAGUGUGUCAAGAGUUUCACCAAUUGCAUCGGCUACCUCUGCGUGCCCUAG